CGCGGACCAGGUUGACGUGUCAAGCUCUUCCCUCCCCACGCAGCCGUCACAGAUCGGCCGGCACCAGCCAUCCCUGCUGAGCGUUUCCAGAGCCCAAAAUGUCCCCUUAAACCUUAUUUUAGCUGCACCUCACGCUUGUCGUCGAGACGUUUUGUCCAUACUCGGAGGCUUGGCGACAUGGCAUUGGCCCCAGGCUUCACCAGCCAAUUUAUCCCCAACACGUUUGAUGCCAGGCUGUUUUCUGUGAGGACGUGAGCUUCAGUUUGUGCCUCCACCGGCAGUGAUCACGAUGUCUUUCUGGUGUUGGCCACUUGAUGGCGCAUUUACGUCCCGAGCGUCGACAACAGCCCAACAAUCUCGAGCCUGGAGGAGCGAGCAGUCUCUCUCCACUUGGACUAUCCAACGUACCCCUCCCCCACGUGCAUGGACCAGCUCGGUUUGGCGUGGCCAGGGACCCGCGCCCCUGCCCCCUGUUGACACAAUUGGGGUCCACCGACCUGCUACCGCUGCGCCCUCGGCUCGGCGGCACCACGCCAUUCAAGAAUAGCAAGGGUCUGGGGAACAUCGAGAAACAUAUUCUUCCCUUUUUUGUUGCCUUUGCAACCCCGCGUGGGAACGGCGUGUUAGAGGAGGGCAAUAAAAUGGGUUUGGCAAUGGAUAAAAACCAGACCCGCCUCCCUCCAGGGUGUUGAUGGAAGAUUAUUCUGUAUCUGUUCUCUUUUUAUCGGCAAAGACAACAACCGCAAGGUCGGGAUUCGUUUCAGCGAGCAUUUCUCUCGGUUUAAGCAUAUCUACCUCUUUAUAAACAUCUUCCACGCCGAGCGUACUUCUUUUCUCAAAAUGCUUGCAUCCGUUCCCAUCACUCUCGUCACGCUCCUAGCGAGCCUAGCUGCUGCCAUGCCAGCACCGGCGCCCGUCCCCGCAGCGCUCCUCCUGAGGGCCACGCCGCUCGCCGCCAACGUCACCCGGAAUGGCACCGCCGUCUGCACCGACGGCAAGACCAACGGGCCCGUGGUCAAGCACAAGAUCGUGCAGGGCGACACGCUCACCAAGCUAGCCGCCACGUUCCAGUCAGGCAUCUGCAACAUCGCGAAACAGAGCAAGCUCGCCAACAUCGACCUGCUCCAGCUCGGCCAGGAGGUCAGCGUCCCGACGAAACUGUGCCGCCAGAACGUCGACGACAAGUCGUGCCUGCCCAAGCCCGGCACGCGCGUCUGCCUCCCCAACGGGCCCGCAACGCGCGUCAUCAAGGCCGGCGACAGCUUCGUGGGGCUCUCGCAGCAGCUUGACCUGACCGAGGCCGCCAUCCUGGGUGCGAACCCGGGCGUCGACCGCUUCAGCCUCCAGCCCGGCCAGGUCGUGAACCUGCCCGUGUGCAAGAAGUAGGAGCUGGGGGGAUGAGAGAGUGCGGAUAUUACUAGAUGAUUCUGCUACCCGGUGGGGGCGAUUCACUUCAUGUGGCCUGUUUUAAACCUGGCCUCCCUGCGCUUGCAUGGAAUCCUAUUUGAUCACUAUUGUUUUCCUAUUUCGUCUGCAAUAUACCUCGCCAUGCUACGGCAUGCACGCUUUUUUCUGCUUUUCACCCAAAUGGCCUUACCAUGACAAGAAUUCCUAUUUCGUGCUCACCCUCGGCUGCCUGUGGUCAGCUCCCAAAUGCGAGAUUCCGAGGCC